CACACUGCUCGUGCUCGUCGUCUGUCCACAACAUUGAUCGCACUGUGCUCCCACGCGCCGAGGCAGCCAACCAGCCAGCCAGACCAGCCUUGCCACACCCACACUACACAAGUGCAGAAAUCCCUCUCCUUUCGAUCGCCUCCGGAGUUUCAACACCCAAAAGUAGCUAGCAAGAAGUGUGGUGAGCCUGCUCCGGUGGCUAGCGAAAAAUGACGGCUCGGGGAAGAGGCAGUGCAGCUCAACGCGCCGUCGCCGCCGCCGCCGCGCUCGCCGUGGCGUGCUGCUGCAUCGCCGGUUGCGGCGUCAGCGCGGCCACCUACUACGUCGGGGACGGCAAUGGCUGGUCCCUGAGCAGCGCCAGCUGGCCCAACGGGAAGCAGUUCCACGCCGGCGACGUCCUCGUGUUCAGGUACAUGACGUGGAUGCACAACGUGGUGGCGGUGGGGGAGGACGGCUACAACGGCUGCACGACGCCGGCGGGGUCGAGGACCUACACCUCCGGCAGCGACAGCGUCACGCUCGCCAGGGGGGACAACCGCUUCAUCUGCACCCGCUACGGCCACUGCUACCUCGGGAUGAAGAUGGUGGUGAACGCCGUGUGACGACUGACGACCGCCGCGCCGGCCCUAUCUGCAGUUCUGCACUAUGGUUUCCUCGUUCCACUUAAUAGGCUCUCCUUAGACUCUUAGUUCUACCUGAUUGUGUGAGAGUUGGCACUUUGAUUCUACCUGAUUGUGUUUGAUUUAUACUAUGUGUGUUAGACGACUA